AAGAGAGAGAGAGAGAGAGUGACCGAAUGCCCUCUUCACUCCCCUCUUUGGAUUCUUCCAUCAGCUCAUAUAUAGGAGAUAAAGAGAGAGAGAGAGAGGGAGGGGGAAUGGGGGGAGUGACGUCGUCGAUGGCGGCAAAGCUGGCGUUUUUUCCGCCGAGUCCGCCGUCGUACGAGCUGGUGAGAGAACCAGUGACGGGGCUGACGACGAUUAACCGGUUUCCGCACAGGGAGAAUGUGGAGGUGAUGCGGCUACCGACGCGGCGGGGGACAGAGAUCGUCGCAGUCUAUAUCCGAAACCCUAUGGCGGCGUCGACGCUGCUCUACUCGCAUGGAAACGCGGCCGAUCUUGGCCAGAUGUAUGAGCUAUUCAUCGAGCUCAGCAUCCAUCUCCGCGUCAAUCUUAUGGGGUAUGAUUACUCUGGAUAUGGCCAGUCAUCUGGAAAGCCAACGGAGCAGAAUACAUAUUCUGAUAUUGAGGCUGUUUAUAAGUGCCUCAUAGAGAACUAUGGUGCAAAAGAGGAAAAUAUUGUCCUGUACGGGCAAUCUGUUGGAAGUGGACCUACUCUCAAUCUGGCAGCAAGGCUUCCAUACUUAAGAUCUGUUGUUUUGCACAGCCCUAUAUUAUCAGGCUUAAGAGUGAUGUAUCCUGUUAAACGGACAUAUUGGUUUGACAUCUACAAGAAUAUUGACAAAAUUCCAUUAGUCAACUGUCCUGUGCUAAUAAUACAUGGAACAGCAGAUGAUGUAGUGGAUUGCUCUCAUGGGAAACAACUUUGGGAACUUUGCAAAGAGAAGUAUGAGCCAUUAUGGCUUACAGGAGGAAAACACUGUGAUUUGGAGCUUUUUCCUGAAUAUAUCAAACAUCUGAAGAAAUUUAUAUCAACGGUCGAGAGAUCACCUUCAAGUAAGCACAUUUGGAGAAGAAGCACUGAUCAGUUUGAGCCUCCCAGGAGAAGUAGCGACUGCUUUGAAGCCUCAAGGAAGAGUACUGAUUACUGGGAGAAACCAAGGCCCAGUGUGGACAAAUGCAGAAGCAUUCAUAACAAAUCUAACGGUAAAGAGAAAAAUAAAUUCAAAUUCUCAUUUGAAAGCAUGGAGAACUCAAGGAGAAGUGUAGAUUGCUUUGAAAGACCAAAAAGAAACACUGAACUGAUGGAAAAAGCUAGGAAAAGUGUUGACCGUUUGGAUAGAAUAUGGGCCGGGUAAAUUUUCUUCCUUCACUUUAGUAUAAAUGAGCAUAUUUGUACUGAAAAAAAUUUGUUUGUGCUUAGUUUAUAAGUGCUUUUUACAUUAUAGUUGGUGGAGACAGAGACACAGUUUGACAGAUUUUAGUCCUUGUAAUUUGGUUUAGUGAGUUCAAUAUCAAAGUUUACCUUUCAUGUUU